AUGGAGCGCUAUGAUGGAGUAGAUCGCAAUAAUACUUUCUUUCGAACGUCAUCAUCGUCAAUCAUUCCAAAUGCCAACACAGAUCCUCCUCUUGACAAAUUCACUCAAUGUUUACUUCAUGCUCAACAAACAUUCGCGAAUCUCUCGUUACCUUGGUUUCUUGCCUUUGGCACCGCUUUGAUGUAUUAUCGAUCGAACAAUUUCAUUUCUGAUGAUAUCGAUAUUGGCAUUUAUAUCGAUGACUUGCAAAAAAGAAACAUUACGGAUGAAACAUUCAUUUCAACAAUUUUUGCUCAUGGAUUUAAAUUAUAUACGAAAUACGGAAAUCGAACACAUGGUCAAGGUUGGACUUUGUUGUGUCCAAAAACGAAAUUACAUUUCGGAAUUUUUGUCUUCUAUCAUUCGAAUGCACUUGAGAAUGAGACAUUCUCAUGGUGGACUGCAUCUUACAAUGGACUAUGUAAUCAGAUGAAAUAUCGGAAAUGUCGAUGGUGGUUUUCAGACUUUCAGCCAUUGGCUUUGCAAAUGUAUGGUAAAUCGUUUCAAAUAGCACCAAAACAAUUCCUAGUCGAGCAAUAUGGACCAAAAUGGAUGACUCCACAACGUUACGGCUAUUUCGAAUCGCUAGAGUUUCUUCCUAAUUUGAUUAUUGAGCGUUGA